CGUUUCAGUGCCAUUUGUGGGAUUAUAAAUACUCCCCUCUCUUCCCCCUUCUCCAACCCCCUUUUUCUCUCCUCUCAUCCAAAAACCCUUUUCCUCUUUUCCAUUUUCGGAUAUUAAAUGGGUCGGGGCAAGAUUGAGAUUAAAAAGAUCGAGAAUGUCAAUAGCAGACAGGUCACCUUCUCAAAGAGGCGGGCGGGCUUGUUCAAGAAGGCUAAUGAAUUGGCUGUUUUGUGUGAGGCUGAAGUUGCUGUUAUUAUUUUUUCCAACACUGGGAAACUCUUUGAAUUUGCUAAUUCAAGUAUGAAAAAAAUACUAUCAAGAUACAAGAAAUGUGUGGAUACUACAAAGAGUCCUGCCCCGGAACUCGAGCCCGAGAAGCCAACACAGCCCAAGGAGACGGAUGUCCUCAAAGAGGAGAUAGAAAAGCUUAAAGUGAAGCAGCUGCGACUCAUGGGUAAAGACUUAACGGGCAUGAGCUCACAAGAAUUGCAUCUACUUGAACGACAGCUAAGUGAAGGGUUGAUGUGCAUAAAGGAUAGGAAGGAGCAGUUAUUAUUGCAAGAGCUGGCACAGUGUCGAAUGCAGGAACAACGGGCUGUGCUGGAAAAUGAGACAUUACGUAGACAGGUUGAAGAGCUUCGAGGUUUUUACCCGCUGAGCAGUUCUCCAACGCCACUCUGUAUCGAGUACCAUAAAGAAAGCGACCCAGUCAAGAAAGAAGAGUCAUCCAGAAGUCCUGAAACAGCAUGCAACGGUGGGCUUGCAGAUGAAACCUCAGACACCACCCUACAGUUGGGGCUCCCGUGUGGGAAUAGCCGAAAACGCAAGACGCCCGAUGGAGAAACGCAGUCGAGCACUUCAGAGACUCAAUUCCGCCUCCACGGAUGAAAGAAGAGAUUCGAGACUUGUUUUUGUUUUCCUUUGUAUAUUACUCUCCUUUUGUUAGUAAACUGAGAAAUAUUGUUCCAUUUGUGGGUUUGACUUGUUCUUCCCCUCGGGAGGAGGUUGUUUUCAGUUGUUAUGGUGUUCUCUACAUGCACUGGUGCAGUGAAACACAGUGAUGCAGAUUCAGAAGCA